CUCUCUCUCUCUCUCAGUCCUGUCUAGAACUCAACAGAUGUAAGCAGCCCUGUUUUCUCUAACUGCUCAGCUAAAAUAUGGGACACUUGAAGACACGGGUAUUGGUCAUCUUCUGCUUAUUAUUUACAUGUUACAAAGCAGAAAAAUUAAAAACCAGAGGUCUGCGCCAAAAGGAUGUUGACUACAUGGAAAAAUAUUCCAGCUGCCUCCAAGGUCCAGCAGGCACCCAGGGAAGGGAUGGAAAUCCAGGAGUGAAUGGAAUUCCAGGUACUCCUGGAAUACCGGGCCGGGAUGGUGCAAAAGGGGAGAAGGGUGAAUGUGUGACGGAGAGGUUUGAAGAGCCGUGGAAACCCAACUACAAGCAAUGUGCCUGGAACUCUCUCAACUACGGCAUCGACCUGGGCAAAAUUACAGAGUGUACGUUCACUAAGAAGCAUGCAGACAGUGCUCUCCGUGUGCUGUUCAGCGGCUCACUCAGGCUGAAGUGUAAGACAGCUUGUUGUCAGCGCUGGUACUUCACUUUUAAUGGGGCAGAAUGUGCCGCUCCGCUGCCUAUAGAGUCCAUCGUUUACCUGGACCAGGGAAGUCCAGAAUUCAACUCCACCAUCAACAUACACAGAACCACAUCAGUUGAAGGUUUAUGUGAAGGAGUUCGGAAAGGCCUGGUUGAUGUAGCGAUCUGGGUGGGAACCUGCGGAGACUAUCCACAUGGAGACGCUUCAACCGGCUGGAAUUCUGUUUCCCGCGUGAUCAUAGAAGAGCUUCCUCUGAGCAGCUGAGUCCCUCACAAUCUUCCAGAAACUACCAAGCACUUUCUGUGCUACUACAAUUUUCUUUUUUUUCUUUUUUUAAAGAUGAAUUGCUUUGUACUACUCUUAAAAUAUUUUUUUUUAUUGACAUUGACGGUUCCAUGAAGAACAUUUAACAUACUUUUGAUUCCACAAAAUAUUCUUUAGGGUUUUUCACAGAUGCCAUGGAAGAGUCCAAUUUGCAUCCUUUUUGCAUCCAAAUUUUCAGUGAUCAGUUCUAAAAAUAACCUUUUUUUUCAUAGUGUGAUGAACAUGGAUCAAAUGGGACCAUUUUAUUGUUCCUACAGCGGAUCAAAGCAGUGGAUCUGUACACACCACAAGCACUCGCGCUCACUUAUAAUGAUCUUUCGCCAUUAUAUCCUCGAAGAGUAUGGUAUGAAUACCAUAUGAAGAGUAUGGUAUUAUGUAGAGCUUAAUUCAAACCCUUUUCAGAGACUUAAAGUCCUACAAGAGCUACAGAUGAUGAAGGUAUUUUAACUACACUAGCAGAAACACGGUGAGCAGCAUGAUAGACACUAAAACACUGCAGAAAAUAAGAAUGGAGAAUGCAGCAAAUAUAAUUAUUUUAUCUGUUAUACAUACUGUUUUUUUUAUGAAAAAAAAAGGUAUUUGUAAAGAUUUUUUUCCCUCUUCUUCUCAGGACAAUGUGCUUUGGCUCUUAUGACCAAAUAAUGUUAUCGUUGAUGACUUUUUAUUUUUUAUUUUUAUUUUUGUAUUAUUAUUUUACAAAGUACUGUUGGUCGGAUGGAAAUUUAUAUCUGUUCCAAAAAAGUGUUGCCUGCACCUGAUGAAAAGGAAAUAUAGUGACAGUAGCUCUCGGAAAUUUUACUGAUAGAGACUGAUAAAAGGCAGCAGAAUGUGAGAAAGAAAGGAACGAGGGAUAGUGGGGAGAGGGAGGAAACCCUUGAUCUAAAAAAAAUAAAAUAAAAAAAGAACCUUUUGAGGACUGGAAAGAUUCCAUGGAUGUUAAAGGAACCAUAAAUGCCAAUAAAGAACUUUUUAUGUUUAAGAGUUUACUGGACUAAAUGUUCAUUGGAUGAGUAAAGUGUAGAUAUUUUUUUUUUUUUAAGAACUAUUCACUGAAAGGUUCUUUGGGAAACCAAAAACAUUUUAUUUAUUUUUUUACUUUCAUUUCCUUCCAACCAGUGGCGUAGCCUAAAAAUAGAUGCAGA